UUCAUUUCCCCUAUUAGAAAGAAAUGUGGAGACGACCCAACGACACCAAUUAGGAGCGGGCUCUCUUUACUUCCUCCCAUAUCCGUGUAAAACCCUAACACCAAUCAAUCGAUCCCCCCUCUGACUCUCUCUCUCUCUCUCUCUCUUUCCUAAAUCAACUCCCCUCUCUGUUCCUCGAUCUCCACCGAUCGAACGCUAUUGUAAUCACUCCACUAGGCAUUCGAAUCCAUCCCUACACAGCCUUGGAGAUUUUUUUUGUCUGUAUUUUGGGGCAUCCGUGGAUUUUUCUCUCAAAAUUUCUAGGGUUUUUGCGAAGGCGGUGCAAGGCUGGCGGGUGUCGAGGUAAAGUAAUGGCGGAUCCGCCGUCAGGUAUAAUAUCCAAAGCGUUGAGAUUCGGAUCAUCGUGGUUGUUCUUUCUGUGUUUACUGUUUGUAAAGUCUUCGGAAGAGAGAGAGCGGGAAGUAUGCUGAGCGUGCUGCGAGUGCACCUUCCGUCCGACAUUCCUAUUGUAGGCUGCGAACUCACGCCCUACGUGCUCCUGCGGCGUCCCGACAAGACGGUUACCACCGAGGAUGUACCCGAAUCCACUCCCCUCGAUGGCCACUUCUUGAGAUACAAGUGGUAUCGUAUUCAAAGUGAUAAGAAAGUUGCUAUCUGUAGUGUUCAUCCGUCUGAGCAAGCUACGUUGCAGUGCCUAGGAUGCGUUAAGGCCAAAAUACCUGUUGCCAAAAGUUAUCAUUGCUCUACUAAAUGUUUUUCCGAUGCGUGGCAGCAUCAUCGUGUUCUUCAUGAGCGUGCUGCUAGUGCUGUAAAUGAAAAUGGAGCUGAGGAGGAUGAGCUAUUUGGGCGCUUCAACAGUGCAGGAUCUGGAGUGGUUAAUGCAAGCUUACCUGCUUCACAAUCAAAUCCUAGCUUGUCAAACGGUGCCGCGCCUGUAUAUCCUGCAGCAGUUGCACAAAGAAGCGGUGGUGAAACAUGGUUUGAAGUCGGACGCUCAAAGACUUACACACCAACAGCUGAUGAUAUUGGCCAUGUUCUUAAGUUGGAGUGCUUUGUGGUAGAUGUGGAAACUAAGCUAGCUGUGGGACUCUCUAACACUGUUUUAACUUCGCGGGUCAUUCCCGCUCCAUCCCCUUGUCCCCGGCGAUUGAUCCCUGUCAGUGGAGUUGAUGUGAUGGGGCAUUUGGAUUCAGAUGGUCAUAUUUCAACCACAGGAACUUUUACAGUGCUCUCAUACAACAUCUUGUCUGAUGCGUAUGCUACAAGUGAAUCGUAUAGUUAUUGCCCUUCUUGGGCUCUUUCAUGGCCUUAUCGCAGGCAGAAUCUAUUAAGGGAAAUUGUAGGCUAUCGUGCUGACAUUGUUUGUCUUCAAGAGGUUCAAAGUGAUCACUUUGAGGAAUUUUUUGGCCCUGAACUGGACAAGCAUGGUUAUCAAGCUCUUUUCAAAAGAAAAACAGCAGAGGUUUUCAAUGGAAAUAUUAAUACCAUUGACGGUUGUGCAACCUUUUUCCGUAGAGAUAGGUUUUCACAUGUCAAAAAAUAUGAGGUUGAGUUUAACAAAGCUGCACAGUCGUUAACUGAUGCACUGGUUCCCAGUGUUCAGAAGAAAACUGCACUAAGUCGAUUAGUGAAGGACAAUGUUGCGCUGAUCGUGGUUCUUGAAGCAAAAUUUAUUAACCAGGUGAUUGACAACCCUGGGAAGCGCCAGCUUGUUUGUGUGGCAAAUACGCAUGUGAAUGUCCACCAAGAUUUGAAGGAUGUCAAGCUCUGGCAGGUUCAUACUCUCUUAAAAGGAUUGGAAAAAAUAGCUGCCAGUGCAAAUAUUCCAAUGUUAGUGUGUGGAGAUUUUAAUGCCAUUCCUGGAAGUGCGCCUCAUGCACUUCUUGCAAUGGGGAAGGUUGAUCCUAUGCAUCCAGAUUUAGUGGUAGAUCCUCUUGGAAUCUUGCGCCCUCUCAGCAAACUAGCACAUCAACUACCAUUGGUAAGUGCCUACUCUUCCUUUGCGAGAAUGGGGGUGGGUCUUGGCUUAGAGCAACAUCGAAGGAGAAUGGAUCCUAGUACAAAUGAACCCCUGUUUACGAACUGCACCAGAGAUUUCAUUGGUACUCUUGAUUACAUAUUCUAUUCAGCCGACUCUUUAACUGUGGAGUCCUUACUGGAGCUCUUGGACGAGGAUAGCUUGAGGAAAGACACUGCCCUUCCUUCUCCAGAAUGGUCUUCGGACCACAUAGCACUGUUAGCUGAAUUUCGCUGCAUGCCUAGAACCAGACGCUAACACACUUGAUCAGAUCGGAAGUGAGUCCUGGGUGUAAAAGUGUAGAGAAUCACUGGAGAAAGAAUUGUAAGGAUGGUAGAUCAUGUGCUCUUUAUGUUCUUUACUAGGUAUCUCCUAGCGGGAUAUCCUUGCUAUGAUCUGCUUUGUACUAUGCUCUACUUUUGUCUCAUAGAAAAGCUAUGAUUACGUUUUAUUUGAGUUUUUGCAUUUUUUUAACCCUUCCAGUAGAAUAUAUCGAGCAGUAUCUUCUGGUGCAAUAUAGGUAUAGUUCCUGUAAUUUUGAUAACUAAAAUGUGCUGUGAAGCCGGGUAGAUGAAAGAAAAUAUGGGGUUUUGUCUA